GCCCACUUCAUGGCCAUAGCUGGACUUCCCGGUGUAGUUGGUGUUAUAGAUGGGACACAUGUCCGAAUUAUUGCACCAUCAGAAGAUGAGCAUGCAUAUGUAAAUAGAAAAAAAAUCCACAGCAUUAACACUCAGAUAGUUUUUGAUGCUAGCUACACUAUUUUAGACAUUGUCGCCAAGUGGCCAGGCGCAACACAUGAUUUGUGGAUCCUACAGGAGAGUGGCUUGAGGCUGCUGUUUGAGAGUCAUCAUGUGCCAGCUGGAUGUCACUUGUUGGGGGACAGUGGCAAUCCCUGCAGGACGUGGCUCCUCACGCCUUACAUCCACCCACAACCUGGACCUCAGUUAAAUUACAACAGAGGCCACAAGAAAAGUGUUGUGGAAAGGGGCAAUGGGCAGAUGAAACGUCGGUUUCAUGUCCUACAUGGGGAAAUCCGUCUAACUCCAGAGAAAGCAAGCAGAAUCAUCACUGUCUGUGCCAUUCUGCACAACCUGUGCAAGCAACAAAAUAUCCCACAGCCAGAGGAGAAUGAAGGUGAUGAUGAUGAUGACGACGACAAUGACGACGACGUUGAUGCUGCUGCUGACGAAGAGAUGCUGAUGGAGCAGAACCACCACCAGCGGCUGCAGGACUGGCAGGAGCCGGGCCUGGAGAAAGAGCAGCAGGAGCCAGGAGGGCAGGAAGGAGGGGAGCAGGAGCAUCAUCAUGAUUGCCAAAUGAAGUGA